GGCGGGGCGGAGUGCGGGACCCGGAGCGGUUUGAGCGCUGCACCGCGGCAAGAUGGCGGACCGGGAGGAGGCGCUGAGGGAGUUCGUUGCCGUGACGGGCGUUGAGGAGGAGCGAGCGCGGUUCUUCCUCGAGUCCGCCGGUUGGGACCUCCAGAUUGCCCUUGCCAGUUUCUACGAGGACGGGGGUGACGAGGACAUUCUGACUCUCCCCCAGCCGACACCCAGCUCUGUAUCCAGAGGCACUGCAGCCAGUGACCAUCGAGUAACGUCGUUUAGAGACCUUGUUCAUGCACAGGAGGAUGAUGAUGAAGAAGAAGAGGGACAGCGGUUUUACGCUGGUGGCUCAGAGAGAAGUGGACAACAGAUUGUUGGUCCUCCAAGGAAGAAGAGUCCCAAUGAGCUUGUGGAGGAUCUGUUCAAAGGAGCAAAGGAGCACGGUGCAGUGGCAGUGGAUCGGGCAGCCAAAAGCAGUGGCGAGACGAGCAAGCCUAAACCUUUUGCAGGGGGAGGAUAUCGCCUUGGGGCUACUCCAGAGGAAGAGUCUGCCUAUGUGGCAGGAGAGAGGAGGCAGAACUCUGUUCAGGAUGUGCAUGUUGUACUGAAGCUCUGGAAGAGUGGAUUCAGUCUGGACAGCGGAGAACUGAGAAGCUACCAGGAUCCAUCCAAUGCCCAGUUUCUCGAUGAUAUCCGCCGAGGGGAAGUCCCAGCAGAGCUGCGCAGGUUAGCGCGAGGCGGGCAGGUGAACCUGGAUAUGGAGGAUCACCGUGAUGAGGAGUAUGUGAAACCUAAAACUGUCUUCAAAGCUUUUACUGGAGAAGGACAGAAGCUGGGCAGCACCGCCCCUCAGGUGUUGAGCACCAGCUCACCAGCCCAGCAGGCAGAGAAUGAAGCCAAAGCCAGUUCUGCCAUCGCUAUCGAUGAGUCGGAGCCCGUCACCAACAUCCAAAUCCGGCUUGCUGAUGGUGGGCGACUGGUCCAGAAAUUUAAUCACAAUCACAGGAUCCGUGACAUCCGGCUCUUCAUAGCAGAUGCCCGGCCAGCAAUGGCAGCAACCAGUUUCGUCCUCAUGACCACCUUCCCAAAUAAAGAGCUGACUGACGAGAACCAGACCCUGAAGGAAGCCAACCUGCUCAACGCUGUCAUUGUUCAGCGGUUAACAUAAAGGAACCCGUGUCUCGCUACACGCCUGCUCGCAGUGCGCGUGCAUCGUCCCAUCCGUGCGUGCACCUGCAUUGUGCAAGCACAGGCUCACAUCUACUUGUAGCUCUGGGUUCUUAGGUCUUGGUUGGACUCUUUUCUCUUUAGUUGCAUUUCCUUUGGGUUUUUUUUUUUUUUUGGUUGUUUUUUUUUUUUUUUUGGUGAUGAUCAGUGGACUUUAAAAUAAAUAAAGGAAACGAACCUGUUUUCAAAGGAGAUGCAGCCUGCUGAGCCCCAGAUUCUCCCAGGAGACUUCAGUUACCUUUGUGGAAUGUGUUCCUGUGCUCUUUAGAGGGGAAGAAGGCGAGGGGGAAGGGAGUUCCCAGGGAGCAGUUUCCCUCUGUGCCAGUCAGAUGCUCUUCACAAUCUGUUACUCUGCCCUCUCCAGGGGCUGCUGCAACUCUUAUUUUUUUGCACAUUAGAUAUAAAUGUACAGGAAUGGGUGAUGUUGCUGUCAGGAUAAUGGUUACGCCACUGUGGAAGUGCUGCGGGGGAAAUCUUUGUGAAACAGUUGUUGCUCAGUGUGGGGAAAACUGAUGUGUGCGUGCAGGUGCAAAGGUCAGCACUGCUGGGCUGUUGUGGAGGGAAAGUCCUGACGUUCCUUCCUUCAGCAGAACACUUAGGGUGUUCAUUACAGGACCCACCCGCUCUGCCAGCACUUUCUCCAGCAGACCAGGCUGACCGACUGCAGUUUUAUUCUGCUGUGUUGCAUUUCCUUGAGAAACCCAACAUCCUGCUGAUUUUUUUUUUUUUCUAAGGAAGGCGCAAAGCUGAAUCGGCUCGAAAUGACUGAAACUACAAGGCAAACAGUAUCUUACUGGAAAGCAAAUUUUAAGGUGAAUUACUGUGUGUUGGAAACAGCUGAGGUGAAAAGCUCGAGGCUGUAGUACCCUCUGACUGAUUUCCUUUGCUGAGGCCCACAUAGCUCAGCACCUGGAGCGCUCCAGCUUUGCUCUGCACAAUGUGUCUUGGACUCAAGUCUCCAUUUCCUUCCUUUGGACAGAAUGCUGUGGGUGAAUUCAUUGCUCCUAAAGGAUGGGCUGGCGGUGCUGCUACAGCACGAUGUGUGCAAGUUGCCAUCUAGUGUUGUGCCACGGCACUUCUCGCUGAUCUGCAGCACGCUUUCAAUUCUGCUUUGGAGCAGAACUUUAGAAGGCCGUAGGCAUUUCGCUACCAGCUAGCUGGGAGCUGCACUGACAUCUGCAGCGUCCUGUGGGAAAGGUUGGGCUGCAGCUGUGGGAGGCAUCGGGGCGUGCAGUCCUGUCUGGGCCCUGCCUUUGUCGGCCGGGAGCCGUGUGGUUGCUGUGCUGGAAGGGCAUCCCGUGCUGUGCAGCUUCCAGCUCUGCUGCGAGCACAGCGAGCUCCAGGUGCGUGCAGCAGGGGAGGGCGGGCAGGUUGGGCAGGUUCAGCACGAGGAACUCGCUUGGCUGGAUGUGUUAAUGCAGAACUGCAGGAGCAGGCAGCAGAGCUCAGCAAAGGCUGGUGUUUUUUUUUUUUUAAUAUAGCAAGUUGAAUUAAUUUAGAUUUUUCAUUACUAAGUGGACAUACAGCGUGCGUAACAGCAUAUUUGUAAAUUAUUGUGAAAACAACCAUUAAAGGCUGGGAAAACAGAAAAACAGCAUUUGACCCUUUCUAGCAGUGGCUACCAUCUGUUCUCGUUCUGGAUGAUGCAUGUGCUGCCAUCUACUCGUACCGUUCUGGGUUCCCCCAGCUAGCAGCCUUCCCAGCGCGGCGAUGCCUUCAGCUAAAUGAGAUGAAAAGCCUUUUGGCGUCGUUCUGUAAGCCGUUUUCUGGCAGGUGAAGGCGGGCUCUCCCAACCUGCAGCCCUUGGAUGCGCUCCAUCGUGACCACUGAGUCACCUG